UUUUCUAAAUCCGUAUUGCAAGACUGUGCAGUCUCUAAAUAUCAGGAUGUGUUGUACAGACUCUAAGUAUGAGGAGUUUGGAGUGUGUAAGACUGAAGCAGGACUAUAGGAAAUGGUUUUGGUGGUCUGUCUUUCAGUGAAAUUGAAAUAAAUAAGGAGUUGAGGUUGAUAAUACUACAUAGAUCUGUGGACAUCACUAAACUUGAGACAGAGCUUAAGCCGUUGGUCAGUGCAUGUGCCAAGGGUCUGAACCAAAGCUGCUUGCUAAACCCCAGAAGAGCUCAACGGGCGAUGUGCUGGUGGGGGAAGUCAUGGACUAGUCCCGUAAAAUUCGGGAGUUACAACGCAGAGGUGGCCGGAGCCCGUGGCGUCGGGCUGCGUCCCAGAUCGCAGGUGGCUGAGGAGUGACGCCUGCCUCGGAGAGCAGCCGACGGGGGAAUGGCACGAUGGAACCCAGCUUGGUGUGCCUGCGGCUGCUGUCAGCUCAGGCUCUCGGUGGUUGUGUGACAGCGCUGCUCUCGCGCUGCUAGCGAGCUCACGGAGCCCCAGCAAGGAACCGGUUGCGCACAGUCCCGCUGUUAUCAGAAGGCAUCUGCCGCUGGCACCAGCUGUGCUUGUCAGGCACCUUGCGAGCGCUGAUUCAAUGAGCUUGCAGACUUUCAUGUUGGCAAAUGUUCGCUGUGUUAACGUGCUUAACCAGGUGUUAGCCUGCAUCACUUCUCCGAUCACUUUGUUAUUGUAUAUGCAAAUCCAGCGCAUCAAGUGUAACUAGAGCCUGCUGCCGGUCUGCACUAUUCUCACCUCUGUGUGGGGCUGAGGAAUUACGCUAAUUCGUUACCGUGCUUCAGCAAAUGCAUCCGAAGUUCCUCUCUACUUGCGCUGAACUUGCCCUCAGUACUCCGAAAUUAAUGCUGAUACCCAACAACUGGUGGUUCUUCCGUUUUCUCCUUGCUGAAGUAAUGACAGCAGCAAUCUGCCAGAAUUAGCAGUACGCUGAUCGUGUGUGAAAUCAGUAGACUCGUUAUAUGGUUUUUAUUUAGUAUUUUGUAUCUGAGUGCUUCUACUUUCAAAAACAAAAAUCAGAGUUGCAGUAGUCUUAAAAAGCCUGUGUCUUGAGGACAUGAGAAGUAUCUCAAGCGUUGCGCUUUCUUCUCUGCCAAUGCAGCACCAAACUGAAGCAGCUCAGUGCUCGCAUGUUUUGUGUCAGCGUGUGGCCGAACGCAAAGGGUUCACCUCCGGAGAAAUUCUGCUGCUGUGCCUGGGAAGAGCUCCCUGAUGAAGUCGUUGUGCAGACGGGUUCUCAUGGGUUUGGUUACUUAAAGCAGAAGUGCCUUGAAGGAACAGUACGCUGCGUCUGCUUGUGUCAGAACAUUUUGUGCCCAAGAUGUAUGCAGUGUGAUACAAAAUUUGACUUCAUAACUAGAAAGCAUCACUGCCGAAGAUGUGGAAAGUGCUUCUGUGACAAAUGCUGCAGUAAAAAAGUGCCUCUGCCUCGCAUGUGUUUUGUGGACCCCGUGCGCCAGUGUGCUGAAUGUGCCCUCAUCUCUCAGAAAGAAACAGAGUUUUACGACAAGCAGCUUAAAGUGCUCAUGAAUGGUGCUUCCUUCUUUGUAACUCUGGGAACAUCUGAUAAAUCUGAGCUCAUGGUUUGUCGACUUUCCAACAAUCAGAGAUACCUGGUUUUGGAUGGAAACAGUCACUAUGAAAUUGAAAUUGUACAGAUUUCAACUGUUCAGAUACUUACAGAGGGAUUUACUCCUGGAGAAAAAGAUACUCACACUUACACCAGCCUUCUGGAGAGCCAGCAUAUUACUGAAGGAGGUAAUACUCGUGCCAUAGGUAUGAUUCUACAGUAUAAAGUACCAGGAUCAGAGGAGCUAACACAGAUGAAGUUUACAGCCAGUGAAGACUACAGCUCUAACAAGAAGUUGUCAGCAAGCUGGCUGGCAGCUAUGCAUAAGGCAACAAAACUUCUUUAUGAGUCUCGGGACCAGUAAGAACAGCAAACUGUUGGCAGCUGGAGGGAAGACACCAGCCUCAAAGGACCUGCCUCUCACUUUGCUAACCUGGUGGCUAGGUAACACUUGUUCUUCUUGACCUUUUGUCAUUCCAGUGUGGUUCAUUCUGUAAGAUCUGGCAACUGCAAUGUUUUAUUUUGAACCAUGAGUAUUCACUAUAGUGUGCAAUAUGUAUACAAUUAAUGCUUUAAACAGUCUCACAUUUUAAGACUUUGUAUAUUUUGUUAAACCUUUAUUGGCACUUAAUAUGAAAUAUGAAAGUGACCUGCACUACAGCUAAUGUACAGCACAACUUUUAUAGUAACAAUUAUAUAUACUGUUUGCCACAAAAAGCAAACAAAGGUAUAUGUCUCUUCUGCAGAGAAUAGCUUUUGGGUCUAGAUCUCAGGUUUUUCCCUCUAUCCAAAUGUUUAAAAAUCAAUGUACAAUAAAAUCUGCCUUAGAUAUGAUUUUAUAGAAGUCAAUUGAUUUUUUUAACACAUUUCACCAAAUACCACCAAAUUGGAAUUACAUGAUUUUGAAACUUCCCUUCUGUAAUAACUAAGCUUCCAGAAUAAUUUUUAGUUUUGUAUUUUCUUUUUGGUAACUAGCUUUUGUUAAUCUAACUGUAAUGGUAUCUGGAAUUGUAUACAUUUUAAUGUACAAAUAUGAAUAAAUUAAUUCACUUAUUUAAAAAA